CUAGUUGAAUAUUUUUCUAAACAUUUUGGCGCGAGUUCAAGGAAAGGAGGUAUAAGAUGCCGUUCUUAGAUGAAUUAGAUCGGCUUUUUGGAGUGAAGAACCUCUACGAUGUAUUGGGUGUGUCUAAAACUGCUUCAGAAUCAGAAAUCAAGCGUGCAUAUCGCAAAAUUUCCUUACAAGUUCACCCUGACCGCGCGGACAAAGGGGAGAAGGAAAAAGCCACAAGAAAGUUUCAGGCGUUAAGUAAGAGCUACUGUAUUCUAUCUGACAAAGAGAAACGAGCCAUCUAUGAUGAGAGCGGUGAGAUAGAUGAAGAGAACAUCGACGAAGAUCGGGACUGGACCCAGUAUUGGAGACUGCUUUUCAAAAAGGUGACGCUAGAGGACAUUAGGAAAUUUGAGGCAUCGUACAAAGGCUCAGACGAGGAGUUGAGUGAUCUAAUGUCUGCUUAUGAAGACUAUAAAGGUGACAUGGACCAGAUAAUGGAAAACAUGCUCUGCUCCAAUGAUAGCGAUGAAGAUCGCUUUGCAGAAAUAUUACAAGGGUUGAUCAAAGAGAAGAAGGUUCCUAAGUACAAAACAUUCACCCAUGAGAGUAAAGCCAAGAAGAACACCAGGAGAAAGAAGGCUCAGCAGGAAGCCGCAGAAGCAGAGGAGAUGGCUACAGAACUUGGUCUUGGCAACAAUGAAGGGAGUCUGCAGUCGCUUAUUCUAAAAAGGCAGACAGAUCGAGCAGGCGCUCUUGACAGUAUGAUAGCAGGCCUUGAAGCAAAGUACUGUAAGCCAAAGAAAUCCAAGGCUUCAACAACAAAGAAGCAAAAGAAAACAUGACCAUUAAAUGGGCAUGAGCAAAUUGGUCUAAUAAGAGGAUAAUUAUGAUGGAACUGCUGUAGCUAGGAAUUUUGCUUCUUGGACCAAAAGGAUUAUAUUUAUUGUUCAAGUAAAUGAACAUCUUGAAAAUACUGUCUGCAUGGAUAAUGAUUUAGUGUUAUGCUGUGUAUAAUUAGAAAUUAAAACGCCUACCCUUA